AGCAGCGAAAUGAUAGUACACCAGCGGGAAAUUGGAUAUUUGGAUUCAGUAUGAGAGAACUGGGCAAGUUGUAUCCAUAUUCAUGGUUUUGGGAGAUAUUUUAACAUGGACUGAUUUUCAACUAACUAGAGGCCGCGGAACAGGAAACUUGUCACUUUACCUUCACAAACUUUCAAGGCCUCUAAAUGUACUUUCAUGAACUAAGGGACAGACUCACCUCAUUUGAUGAUACUGAUAAAUUAAGAAAUAACCUGUCAGUUUAGGAUCUAAAAAAAACCCUUGAAUUUUAAUUUAAAAAGGGGGAAGGGAAAGUCUAAAGGUGUCAUGUGCACUUUUACACAAUCACAGAUAAGAGGAUUAAAGUGGGACAUAUAGUGUUGGAUUUGCUGAAUUGCUCCUACUUUGCUAAAGAACAUUGGAAUAUCAAGACUUGAGACUGCACUCUGGUGCAUAUUCCUUGAAGCGAGACAACUCAGAUGGUGCUGAUUUGAAGAGAAAUAUCGGCUGUGCACACUAAAUCACAGAGGUCAUACUCAUAAGACCUUUCAUCCGAAAACAAUUGAACGGCGUGGGCAUGGAUCCAUCUGAAGUGGAGUUCCUGGCAGAGAAGCAGGAGGUCACGAUUGUUCCCAACUUCUCCCAUGAUGAAGUUUUCUUGAUAGCGGGCAACGUUGGACCGUUCAACCCUAGUUUACCCAUGAAGGUCCCCCUCUGGAUGGCUGUCAAUCUGAAACAAAGACAGAAGUGCAGGAUCCAACCUCCUGAUUGGAUGAAUGUCGAGAAACUAGAAGAAGUGAAGAAACAAGAGCAGGAUUCAGCUGUUUUUCAACCCAUGGUGAACCCACAUUAUAUGGAGGUUACUAAACUACUUCUCAGCCAUGCUACAGAUGACAUUCCCAAUGCCGAUGAAGUAAACACGUUGAUCAAAGAUAUAUGGGACGUGAGGAUGGCCAAACUGAGGCAGAGUAUUGACAAGUUUGUCAAAGAUCAGGAAACACAUGCUAGGCUCGACAACUUGUCACUGAUGGAGAUCAACACGAUAAGACCAUUCCUCACAGAAGCCCUGGACCACAUGCACACAUUACGCAUGAAUCUCUUAACAGCAGGCCCAGGUCCUACUCAAGACAGCUAAGACUGGGUCUGUCAAGAGACUUG